GUUACGGUUACCAAUUACCAUAUGAAUACGAAAGAAAACGGAACUGAAGAUAGGGUUGGGUGGGGUGAAAUAAUUAAUUGGGCCGAGUGGGAGUUGGGCCCAUAAAGACGCAGUAUUUGAAUUUGCAGUGAGUCGAGUUGGGGAGCGGCGUUGAGCUGAGAUGGGGUUGGAGAGCUACGUGGUGGUGCACAACAUAGCGAAGAGGCACAACGUGGGGACGUUGGCUCGAAGUGCGACGGCUUUUGGCGUGACGGAGAUAAUCCUGGUUGGGCGGAGAGAUUUCAACUGUUUCGGAAGCCAUGGCUCCUCCUCCCACCUUCAAUUUCGACACUUUUACUCGCUGGAAGACGCUCGAAGCUUUCUCAAGGACAAGGACUGUGAUAUUUGUGGGGUGGAGAUCACAAACGAUGCUCUCCCUGUUAAUCACCAUCCUUUCAACAAGACCACUGCAUUCCUACUCGGCAACGAGGGUACGGGCCUUUCUCCUAAGGAAUGCGAAAUAUGUGACUUUUUCGUUUAUAUCCCUCAAUAUGGAUGCGGCACUGCUUCCUUGAAUGUUACUGUGGCUGCUUCCAUUGUACUCCAUCAUUUUGCAGUAUGGGCAGGUUUUACAGAGAGGUCUCGAGCUGGGAAUAAAUUUGUUGUGGCUGAGAGACCUGUAAAACAGGUUAGACGCAAUUACUGCACUGAAUCGGAAGAUUCUAUCAUUGAAGAGCGUAAAGCUAGAAGAGAAAAUGCUGCCAAUGGUUUCUUUGACGAGGCUGACAGUGGCAGUUCAUCUUCAAACCUCCUUGGCGCAUUAUUCGUUGAUGGUUGACGGCAAAUAUGUGGUUAAUUGAUCUCUGGGAUCGUAGAUAGAUGGCAUAAAUACUUAAGUUGCAACAUAGGAGAACCAACAUCUUACCUAUUUAAUGUGGAUUGGAGAAAACUCACUAUUUGAUGGCUGACUUUAUGUUUGGCAGCAUAUAAAAAGAACCAUUCACAGGAAAGGUUGCCACUGAGAUUAGGUGUGUAUAUUGUAAUUACGGUGAGUUUGCUGCAAUUGCCACCAGUUAUAGGACAAAAGUUCAAUGUUGUUCUUGUAACAUGAUACUGCCAUUUGUAUUACUGAUGAUUGUUAAAGCCCUUAAAUGAUAAAUUUGUCCUCCUUCCGAAUAGAUAUCAUGGUUCUCUCACCUUCUCUGCCCUGUUUAU